AGUUUCACACACAAACAAAGAAAAGCAAACCCAACAAAAGAAAAGUCCUUGCCUCCUCCUUCCCCGUUGUCUUAUUGCCAUUCUUUGCAUUGAAACCUUCGAACUCCUGUCUGCUCUGCUUCUUCUUCUUUCAUUUUUCUUCUUUUUUUUUCUUACCCCAUGGAGGAUUUCAGAUCUAAGUCAUGUAGAGAUGGGAGGAUGGAGGUUUACUAUGGAGGCAAGGCAGCUCCAACAAGCAUGCAGGAUCUUAGGAGUUUCAGUACCAAUUAUGCAGGUUCUUGUGUUUCUCAGCCAAACCAUCAGAUGGUUAAGGAUGUGAAGAUCAAGAAAGGGAAGAGCAGUUUGGGGUCCACCUCAAGGAGCUGGAGCUUAACUGAUCCAGAGUUGCAAAGGAAGAAGAGGGUUGCUGGCUAUAAGGUUUAUACUGCAGAGGAGAAGAUGAAAGGGUCUCUGAGGAAGAGCUUUAGGUGGAUCAAGAACACCUACACCCAAGUAGUCUAUGGCUGGAAAUAAUUGGUUGGUACUUUGAAAAAGAAAAGAAAAAUUGAAAAUUUUAAAUAAAUAAAUCUUUUGGGUUUGUAGUCAGCUCAUUAGUGUUUUUUGUUCUGUGCAUUUGUGAAGUGAACUAUGCAUCUGUGUAAGAGUCUUGAUUGCCAAAGAAAUUAAUUACAUAAAAGAAUCCAAUAUACUUAUGCUUCAUCUCUGUUAA